CUUUUUUCUCAAACGCUUGCUAAGGAAGUUUCGACUCCCAAUAUAAAAGCGACGAAAGCUUUAUUGCAAAGGGUAUUGCCAAAACACCAUGAUCAGCUGUCUGUUGAAUUUAUCGCGGCGGACAAUGGAAAGGAUGUCUUUGAAUUGGAAAGUAAGGCUGGAAAGGUGGUGUUGAGGGGAAACAAUACCGUAUCCAUAGGUUCUGCACUGAACUGGUACCUGAAAUAUUAUUGUCGGGCACAGCAAAGCUGGUGCGGCGACAAUAUGGACCUGCCUGAGACAUUGCCCCUGAUUCGGGAGAAGCUGAGGAUUUCAUCGCCUUACAGAGACCGGGCAUACCUCAACUACUGUACUUUUAACUAUUCUAUGGCCUGGUGGGAUUGGGAACGCUGGGAAAAAGAGAUCGACUGGAUGGCUUUGCAUGGCAUCAAUAUGCCGCUUGCAAUUACCGGGCAGGAGGCAGUCUGGCAGAACACCUUAUUGCAAUACGGAAUGAGUAACGACGAGAUCCGUUCUUUCCUGGUAGGGCCGGCAUUUCAGGCCUGGCAAUGGAUGACCAAUAUAGAGGGGAUUUAUGGCCCACUUCCACAAAAAUGGAUAGCGCGCAGCGUUGAACUGGGCAGGAAGAUCCUGCAGCGCGAAAGGGAGCUGGGGAUGAAGCCCAUCCUUCAGGGCUUUACAGGAUAUGUACCCAUCAAGUUAAAAGAGAAACAUCCGGCAGCAAAAAUCUUAAAGAAACCCAUUUGGUUCUAUGUUGGAGAAGGUACGGCACAGUUAGAUCCGCUGGAUCCUUUAUUCGCCAGGAUGACAAAAACAUUUCUGAAAGAACAACAAAAACUUUUUGGAACAGAUCAUAUUUAUGCUGCGGAUCCCUUUCACGAAGGAACACCUCCGGUGGAAGGUAAUGAUUACCUGGCUUCGGUGGGGAAAGCAAUUUAUAAGGCGACCACUGCGGUAGAUCCAAAAGCGGUCAUUGCCAUGCAAACCUGGGAUAUGCGUAAACCAAUUGUACAGGCCAUUCCGGAAGAUAGAAUCCUGAUGCUGGACCUGAAUACGGCGAGAUGGAAAAAGAGUGAAGCUUUUUGGGGCAGGCCAUGGCUUGCAGGGAUCAUCCAUAAUUUUGGAGGCAAUACGGCCAUGGGUGGUGACCUUGAUGCGGUCCUGGGACGUUACCCCGCACUGUUAAAUGAACCUGCUCAAACUAAGGCAUUAAAGGGGAUCGGGAUGUUUCCUGAGGCCAUUGAGCACAACCCUGUGAUUUAUGAGGCUGCCAGUGAGAUGGCCUGGCACCGGGAAAAACCGGAUACCAAAACCUGGUUACAGGAUUACCUGAAGGCGAGAUAUGGUUCCCUGGAUCAACAUACGACCAUCGCCUGGGACACUUUGCUGCGUACUGCUUAUGGCAAGCAUGGUGUGGAAACCUUUAUGGAAUCAACCAUCUGCGCAAGACCUGCACUUCAGGUGAAUGGGGCUUCGCCAAAUGGGGCACUGAAUCAGGAAAAGAACUACCGCUUUGCAAGUUUAUGGGAAGCGCUGCUGGCGUUAAAACAAGCCUCAGCGGAAAUCCGGCAAAAAGAUACUUACAAAUAUGAUCUAGUUGAUUUAAUGCGCCAGUGUAUGGCCGAUCUUGCCAUCCCUGUACAGAAAAGAAUGGCCGGAUCUUAUGAGCAAGGGAAGGCAGCAGACUUCCAGUCGUACAGUAAACAGUUUUUGGAUCUUAUGGAAGAUUUUGACCGCUUAUUGGGUACAAGAAAGGAGUUUUUACUGGAUAAAUGGGUAGCUGAUGCCAGGGCAAUCGGAACUAAUGAUGCAGAGAAAGCACUUUAUGAAAAAAAUGCCAGGGGUCUGGUGACGAUCUGGGGUCCAUACGAUCCCAAUGCCAUUCAAUAUGAUUAUUCCGCCCGGCAAUGGAACGGCCUGGUGAGUAGUUUUUAUCAGCCCAGAUGGCAGAUGUUCAUUGAUUUCUUAACAGCAGAGCUGAAAAAAGAGCCCGCAAUAAGGUAUCAGGAAAUUAAGAUCAAUCACCGUUUUAACCGCCCUGCAAACGAAGCAAAUGCAUUUUAUAAGAUGAUCUCCAGAUGGGAAGCCGAUUGGGUGAAUAAACCAGGGAAGUUAAAGACCAUCAAAGCCCUGGGAGCUGAAAAUGCGACAGUUGAUCUGCUUUACCGUAAAUGGCUGCCCGUUGCAGAAGAACUGUAUUUGCAGAAAAAAUAA